UCCAUGCGUUGAACUUCGCUGGAACAUACAUUAAAUCGACUAUUGCUGUUCUUUGUAAUUUUCAUCUAGGCGGACCUUAUGACAGUCAACGGUAUUACAUGAUUAAUCAGAAUUUUACUUUAUUCCGAAAGGUUGAUGCGCAUGAUACUUUGUUGAGCGAAUUUUAAAUUGACCAUUUCUGGUUAAGCUUGUGUGUAAUAAGUGUGAAAGGAUGACUUUCGACCUGGAAGAUCUUGUUCUCAAGGCCAAGAAAAAAAGAGUCGCAAUUGGAAUCAUCUCUGAGACAUAUGUCGAUUCGGCUGAAUAUGACGACGAAGAUGAAGACAUACAAAAACUUAAAGCGGGUCAAUGUAGAGUCGCUUGGCUUCCGCGUGGCGUUGAAACUAUUGAGGAUGAAGCAAAGCUUGUUCUGGGUGAUAAGAGUAUGAUGCCUUCGGAUACCGUUGAAAAGGUCAGCUCUCCUGGAAGAAAAGGAACUGUUCUACGUGUGGGUGUUACCGCCUCAGUUCGGCCUCUAAUUCCAUAUGCGUCUCAGUCGUUGAGCAGCGGUUGGGUGAUAUUAAACGUUCCAGAUGAUCGCCUGAAUCCCCUGUUAGAUUUUGCCGAAGGAAUAGUCGUUAGCUAUGAAUCGUGCUUCGGAACCAUCAGUCGUGUUUCUGUACGGGUUUAUGCGAAGGUCAAUUGCUCGUGGGAUGUUAAAAACGUUGAACGACGUUGUUGGAUACCAGAGUCAAUUGCACUUGACAUGGAAGAAAUUGGCGGAGGCAACGAGGACGACGAGGAAUAUGAGUUGGAAAUGUGCCCAUUUCGUCCUGGUCAACAUCUCACUGGCUCGUUCAAGCAACUGAUGGAAAAUGCGACGUGGCUGACCGCGCCUCCGCCGCCACCCACUGCAAAUGCUUCGAAAACAUCUUUCGCUACGCGGAAGCGCGUUUUCCGAUCCCGUGAAACUCAUCUCAUGGUUUAUGAUGUUUGCGUCGAUUAUGUUUCUGUUUCAUGGAAUACUGAUGAUGGGAGAGUACCACCUCCACCAAGGAUUUCUGGGGAACUCCUGAAGAAGUUGAAAAAAACUCACGUGAACGAGCAGUCCGCUGUUCAUGCCGGCAUUUUGAGGCGAUACGUCGUAAAAGCAGACGAUGUUAUAAUUCCCGCGGAUGAAUGGAAUAAGUCGCUGAGGCAGAAGUUUCCCCCUCGUGCUUCUGACGUCAUUGGUGAUGUAGAAAAUAAAUGUGAUGAAGACUCUCCGAGCGAACCUGCUCCAGAACCACCACCACAAGCCUCCGGAGAGACCCGUAGAGAUGACGAUAGUUCUGAGUGGGUUACAGAAGAUGCAAUUGAAGAUGACGAAGAGCUCGAUUCUGAAGAAAUCAAGUCGCCCUCUAAAAAUCGAGGGAAACGGCACGCAAAACCGUGUAAGCGACACGGUUUCACGAAGCAGCACAAAAUGUUUUCUGGGAGGGAGGUUCCGAAGCCGAAAUCUGGCGAUGAACUCGUCGUCGAAACAGUGUUCACGGAGACCGAAGUCGACGUGAAGUGGCAGGACACAGAGAUCGAAAGAAAUUUGAUGUCCAACGACUUGACUGCUGUGCAACACUUGGAUGAACACGAGCUAUUCCCUGGAGAUUUCGUACAGCCCGCAGAAGGUUUCCAAGCUCCAGGCCACUACGGUUACGUUUUGUCAGUUGAUCAUGCUGAACGUACCGCAAAGGUUGUGUGGUACGAAAAUUUGGACUCGGAUAAUCCGGGAGAAGCCAAGGAAGUAUCCAGGGAGGAAGUGAGCGUUUAUGACAUUGUGGAAAAUCAAGUAUUAAGGCUGACCCUGGGCACUGUUGUGAUGAUUCCUCGUGAGGGAAACGAGGAACCUUCGGUCGGUCAAAUAACGGAGUUACGAGAUGACGGGAAAGUGUCAGUCCAAUGGAUUGACAAGUCGGUUACCGAUCAGUGGCCGUACGAGCUUAAGAGAAUCGGCGAUUACGAUUCGGAUGAAGGAGGGCUGUGGAGCGCUGGUGCUGACAUCUCAUCAAGUUUAUCAUCGUCCUCGGAAAAUUUGGAGAAAAUGGACGACGGCGAUGACUCCUGGUGUACGGCAUCUGACACGAGCGAAGACCGCGAUGAGCAAUUUAGUGCAGAUGUGGAUGAUGGUGGAUCUGGUUCCUCUUUCUACCCGAUUUCGAAGCAUCCUGGAUUGAUGGAUUUGGAUUACAAAGGCACAAAGGAAGAAAAUCCUUCUUACAAAGUCUUCAAAAAUAAGUUUGUUAGAAAGGUUGUGGCGAUGGAGCGUGUGCGUGAUCGCAUUUGGACGAUGGUUUCUCAGCAUCCGAAGGAUGCCAAUCCCGAUGCUUACAACGGCCUUCCACUGCUGGACCUUCCGAAAGUUUGUCGUGAUUGCUUACUCUUGGAUGAAAUCAUGGGACAGAAAACUUUCAGCCAGCGAGAAAUCAACUGGCGACCCUUCACCGAAUUGAGAAAACACUUCGACCGGAACACGUUGGAAGGUUUUGCUGAUGGUGCUCCGGAAUUGAUAAAUUUUAUUGCUUGUGCCGACGCACUUGAAGGGAAACCAAAUAUGAAAGGACAUGUACCGGAGAACGCUAUGAUCAUCGAUUUGAAUCGUAUCUCUAAGAACCGAGUUCGAGCUGGGGUCGUCAAGGUGUUCGGUGAAUCGAUGCGAGCACAUGACCCCAUUUGGGUGCAGUUCGCCGAAGAUGGAACCCCAGUUAUACCCAGUGAAGCUUCCAAAACGGGAAAUAUAACUGCUGCUGUGUUUCCCGGACUGCCGAGCAAAGUUAAAUGCAUUCUCAUGGCAUGGUUACGCGAGCGGUUGUUCCAGGCUUCGUAUCAUAUUGUGACACAUUUUGACUCGAACAACAUCAUGGAUGCAGACGAGUUCUUUCCCGUUGCUUCACUCAAGGAUGACAAUCUUGUCCUUGAUGAAGACGCUGAGCCUGAGGCUGCAGGCGAAGCUGAGCCAGAAUCUCCGAGUGGUGUCAUGGAAGAGUCCGAACCGGUAUCCGCCUCUCCGCAAGUCCUUGUGGAGCGUGGAAGCUUUGAAGUUAUUGAGACGUUACCGGAUUCGCACAAGUAUGCGGCAUCUGUGGCGAAUGCUGAUGGACCAUCCUUCAGCCGCGCUGUGAUGCGAGAGAUGAAGUUGUUGAAGACUUCGCUGCCGAAAGGCAUUCAUGUGCGCGCCUUCGAAGACCGACGGGAUGUGCUUAGUGCUGUGAUUGAAGGCCCCUCUGGAACUCCGUACGAGGGUGGACUGUUUUUCUUCGACUGUCAGCUGCCUCCGGAUUAUCCUUCGAGUCCACCGCGUGUUACCUAUAUUUCUUACGUGACGGAUCGGCUCAACCCUAAUCUAUACGAAGAGGGAAAGGUGUGCGUUAGUUUGCUGGGGACGUGGGAUGGUCGUGGAUCCGAGCUUUGGUCGAAGGACUCGAGCCUGCUCCAGGUUUUGGUAAGCAUUCAAGGAUUGAUUUUGAAUAAAGAGCCGUACUACAACGAAGCUGGCUACGAGAAACAAAGAGGCGAACGUCUGGCUGCGGAAAAUUCGCGCAAAUACAACGAGAUGGCCGUGAUGAAAGUUGUUCAAGCUAUGGCCCGUUUGACUGAACAAGGAUUGCCCUCUAUUUUCGAAAACGAAGUUAAAGAGUUCUUGCGGAAGCAUGGACAUCCGACUAUAAAGAGAAUCAACAAAUGGGUGUCAGCCGGCGAACUUGCAGAAGAUGGACCGGAUUUUCCGCUGUUACCUCUGUCGAAGGGUUGCGUCCUUUGUAUAGAACGUGCUCUAAGCAGCUAUGCCCAAGGCUUGAGAGCCAUUCGUAUUCGUUUAGUGAACGUUUGUCUGGACCAGUUCUUAUUUUUUCAGACAAACAUGGGAAGGCAAAGAGGAAAGAAGGUGAAAGUGCAAAAAGCUUGCGCAGAGCAGGAAGAUGAAUCGAUUAUGAAAGCUCCCCAUUCGUUUGUUAUUCACCGCGGACAAGUUUCACAGCACGUAGAAUGCUUGGUACGAGAUAUUCGAAAAAUAUUCGAGCCCUUCACUGCAUCGCAGCUCAAGGUGAAGAAAUCGAAUUCCAUCAAAGACUUUCUGCAAAUUGCUGGAAUAUUCAGUGUCAAUGCGAUGACAAUAUUAUCUCAGACCGAACGUGGCGUCAACAUGAAGAUCGGUCGGAUUCCACGUGGGCCUUCUGUUACAUUCAGAGUGAAAGAAUAUGCAUUAGCUCGUGACGUGAGAUCGUCCAUCAAACGUCCUCUGGUUUACGAAAGGUUGGACAUGUUUCCCCCGCUUUUAGUUCUCAGUGGAUUUGGAGCAGGAGGAGACAAAAACCAUCUGCUUUUGAUCUCCAAAAUUUUCCAAGGAAUGUUUCCUACAAUCAACGUCACAAAUGUGGAGUUGAAGAAAAUACUUCGUGUUGCCCUCGUUCAUUAUGAUCAUGAAGAGAAUGUCAUCACCCUCAGACAUUAUGCCAUCAAAGUCGUUCCAGUGGCAAGUCGUGCUGUUAAAAAAUUGGUCAGCAACAGAGUACCCGAUCUAAGCAAGUACCAAGAUGUUGAGGAUUUCGUGGCAAGAUGUGGAAUGCUGUCUGAAAGUGAAGGGGAGGAUGAUCCAGAAGCGCACGUUGAAUUAGCGCAAGAAGUUAAUCAAAGAGGGAAUGUACCUGCCCAAAAAUCCUCCAUCCGAUUGAUCGAACUUGGGCCACGCUUGAAACUAGAGGUCAUGAAAAUUGAAGAGGAUUUAUUCAAAGGUGAAAUUUUGUAUCACUCCAUUGUUACGAAGUCUCCAGAGGAAAGAGAGCGGAUUCGGCUUGGUCGAGAGGAGAAGAAACGCCUGAAAGAUGAAAGAAAACGUCUUCAAGAGGAGAACAUCAGAAAUAAACUCGCUCAGGAGAAAACGGAAGAUAAUGUUCCUGCGGAUGCCGACGAAGACGACGAUAACGACAAAGAAUGGUUCAAAAAAGAAGUUGGUGCAGAACCUGAUGCGGAACUUUUUCCGCUUCAGCAAUCUGGUUCAAGAAAACGAAAAACGGAUAAUGAAGACCCCGAAGCUCGUAUGAAAAAGCGGAAGGAAGAAGAGAAGAAACGACGAAUAGAAUUCGAAAAGAAGAUGAAGAAGCUCAAGGCCAAGAAGAAGCACCGUCAACUUGUUGGAUCAAAAAGACAUAAGAAAAAUAGUCGUGCUCCGAAAAAGGAAAGAAAUAGGAUCGAUUUUAUGGAUAGAUUCGAGUGGUGCGACGCAGUCCUGAAGUUGGACGAAAAGCUCGUGGCUAAGCAGGUGGACGUCAAACUGUACGAUGGGGAACAAGCUACAACUUUUGAAAAAGGAGAAGCUGUUUUGACGCCUUAUCGCUUACUCUGGAGGUCACCGGGGCAACACAAGGGACUAGCAUUGAAUCUUAAUUUGGUGGUAUUCGUGGAUGAUGAAUCUGCUACGUUUUCCAAAAGUGCCAAGAUAGUUCUGCACUUGGCCAGAGCUCCUGCAGGAAAGGAACCUGGACCAGUGGAACAGAGUGGUUUUUCACACGUAAAGCUUUCAAUUAAACAAUCAACUGGAGCAGCCAGUUUCAGCGUGAAACUGAAGGAAGUCUUGGCUACUGGUGCAUGGACCAGUAAUAAUGUGAUAUCACAAGUUCGUGGAAGUAGCCAACCACGCAGUGGGGCUGUCGGAAUACUUGGAAUCGAACGUUCUAUUGAAGCGAGACAUGCACAGACGGAUAAGAAUAUUUCAAAAGCAUUUCAGGAUUUGAAGGUUUUAAUGACGAUGGCUUCCGAGAUGGUGAAUCUAUCAAAAAGCAUAUCUCAGAAAAUGCGGGAUCGCAAAGGAUGCGUUUCGGAAGACGAAACCGUGGAGUUCAAGUCUGCUUUACUCCGUCUGGGCGUUAGCAACUCUGUAAUAUCUGACGCCGGGGCAAAGACUGGGUCAGAGUACUCCCGUGGGCUCGCAAAAGAAAUGUGUGUGAUUUUGACGAAGCCUUUGGAAGAUUCGAAGGGCAUCAUGCCGCUAACGGAUGCAUACUGCGUGAUGAACCGGGCCCGUAGUCUAGCCGGGCUCGUUUCGCCCGAGGACUUUUUGGCGGCGUGUGAGCAGCUCCGCGAUGCGACGAGGACCUCCGCGAACCCGCUGGUAUUUAAGGCGUAUCAUUCCGGGCUCAAGUGUGUCCAGUGGGCGAGACUUGACAACGAUGACGUCGUGAUUGAUGAUACCAUGAAGCACUUCGCGUCGGAGAAGUUCAUUACGGCUGAGCAUCUGGCUAAAAUCCUGGGCAUUUCUGUGGUUCUGGCGCAGCAACGGUUGGUCUUAUGUGAAGAGAAAGCGCUGGCGUGUCGUGACGAUUCAGCGGAAGGAUUGCGAUUUUAUCCGAACAGAUUUUUGUAUCCAUGACUGGCUUUAUUUUUUAUGUGAAUUUUUCUUGACACAUUCUGAUUAGUCCAUUAGAUUUCUGUGAUUCUUUUUUUGUGGAGAAGGUACCGAAUGAAAGAAUUUACUGUUAUUUAUUGCGGUUUUAUGAAUUCCAAUAGAAGUGGCGAAUGCCUCAUUUACUCGUUUACGAA